UAAUUACAAAUGUUGUCGUGUUAAUCUAAUGAUUCUAAUCAUAGAUUAUCUUGACCAAAAAAAGAACAUGGCAAAUUGCCUAAUGGUACCAAACUUCCUUAGAAUGCAAAAAUGUCGAAACAAGUUGAAAAAAAGAGGUCUUUUCCAUUUGAAGAAGAACUGAAAAACCAAUAUUUAUUUGAAAAAGACCUAACCCACUCACAAGUCAACUCUAAUUGGGUAGUAAUUAAAUCACUGAAAUUAGCUGUUGAGAUUUUUCCAAGUUUUCUCUCACGUGGUUUCGUAAAAUCCCAUUUUUUGAGCCUUAAAUUUCAUGUUUCCUUUCUUAAAUUCAGGUGGAAAGAGAGAGAGAGAGAUAAUUUAAUGGGUGUUAAUUUUCCAGAUUUUAAAGAGGGAGUAGUGUUUGCUAAAUGUGUAAGCAAUUGGUUUAAUUUUUGUGGGGUUUAAUUUAUUAAGGGCUUUUGUGGGGUUUAAGCAAUAUGGGUUUAUUUAUAUCACACUCAAAGUGCUCAUAAUUCUUCAAUUAGUUGGGUAACAUUGCAAGAUUAUGCUUAUAAAGUUGUCAUUUGUGAAGAAUCUUAUCACAUUUUUGCAGGCUGGAAAUUUGAGGAGCUUCAAAUUUCUGAGAGCUUUAAAUUUGGAGAAAGAUUACAUUUUGGUAAAUUUGAUCCUUACUUUAACAUUCCAGUGUUGUAUUUGUGGUUUUUUUUUUCUUUUUUUUCUUUUUUUGAGUUUUAACAUGCAUAUAUUCAUUUCUGCUUCUUAGAAUUAGGCUGUGUUUGGAUGAUUCAAUCUUGGGUUUUUCAUUGCAUUUUAAUUUGGGUUUGAGUUGAUCAGUUUUAUUGAUAUUUGAGUAAUAUUCAAUCUUGGGUCUCUUUAAAUUUCAAGGUAGUAAGAAUUUGGGUGGGUUCUUGUAGAGAAGGGAUUUAAGGUUGAUCAUAUCAACUAUUGGGUGUUAGACUCUUAAUUAGUUGAUUUUGAUGAUAUGGUGACUCUAAUAAUCAGAAUUCUCAAAAUUUGUUGAUUUUUGGGUAAUAUCCAAUUGUGGGUUGUGUUUGGAUCUUAGAAAGGAAGGAGAUAGCAAGAAUUAGUGGGUCUUUUGCAUAGAUUUGGGCAUGGGAAAGGUGAGCCAUCCCAAAUGGAGGUUAGCUCGAAUAAUGGGUUGGCUGCAGUUGUUUUUGGGAGGGCUUGUUGUUAUUGUUAGCAUUUCUAGCCUAGCUAGAUUCUAUCAUGCUGGAUUUUUCUUUCACAGCGAAGAUAUAUGUCGUCACUUUUAUGGGGAUCCUUAUAUUUCCGAUGGCUUUGAUGUCAAAGCGUUGUUGUUUCGUGUUGAGGAAGUGCUUGAAAAGAUGGAAAAUUUGCAAGACAAACUUGAAGCCAAUGUGCAAAAGAUGGAGAAAGACAAAGAUCAAUUGGAGAAGAGUAAUAUGUCAAGACUAGAUUUCAAGAGGUACUUGGAAGAUGAGGUCGUUCAGCCUCUUUAUGAUGCUCAUAUUGCUCUUAGACAGAUCCGAUUACCCAAAGUGGGCGGUAUAAGGAACACGACAUUUAUGGAGGAACCGUUGAUAAAUAAUUUCGUGAUUGAGGAGAUCAGAAAGUACAUUACCCCGAAAGAGAACAAGAAUGGCAAGAUAAACAUUUUCAAAACAGAGAGGAUACACAAUACCAUAGGCCAUGCUUGCGUUUUGAUGAAGAAAGAUUUAGAAGACUACAUGGACUAUGAUGUAGGUUCUUACUGUAAGGAUGAUUGGAAUCUAGCUCAGAAGCUUAUGCUUCAUGGAUGUGAUCCUUUGCCUCGAAGGCGUUGCUUGACAAGAGCCUCCAAGCUCUCCCUCAAGCCAUAUCCGAUUAAUGAAUCACUUUGGAAGGUACCUGAUGGAAGAAAUGUUCGAUGGAACCUUUACAAGUGCAGGGAUUUUGAGUGUUUAUCGAGCAACAAUACUGACCGAGGUUACACCAAAUGCACAGGAUGCUUCGACAUAGAAAAGGAAAAGCUUAAAUGGGUCAAUAGCAGCACCCUUUCUCCUGCUGAUUUUCUCAUCAGUGAUGUUUUGGCAAUCAAGCCAGGGGAGAUACGGAUAGGCCUUGACUACAGCGUGGGGACUGGCAGCUUUGCUGCAAGGAUGAUGGAACAAAAUGUCUCCAUCAUUUCGACUGCCCUAAAUUUAGGGGCACCUUUCAGUGAGACGAUUGCACUUAGAGGCCUACUUCACUUGUAUGUAACACCAAAUCAACGACUCCCAUUUUUUGAAAAUACGAUGGACUUAAUUCACUCAACCGGCCUCUUGGAUGGGUGGAUCGAUCUGCUACUAUUGGAUUUCAUGUUAUUUGAUUGGGAUCGAGUUCUAAGGCCUGGGGGUUUGUUAUGGAUUGAUAAAUUCUUUUGUAAUAGAAAAGACUUAGAUGAUUACAUGUACAUGUUUCUGCAAUUCAGGUACAAGAAGCAUAAGUGGGUUGUUUCACCUAAGUCAAAAGACGAGGUUUAUCUCUCUGCUUUGCUAGAGAAACCUCCUAGAUCCUUGUAAGUUCAUUGCUUGUUUCUUGUUUUGUUUUGUAUGUAAGUUGGAGCUCACGACAAUACAUAUGUAGUUUCGUAAGAA